AUGCAGCCACUGUGUCAUGAUGAAGAGAGCUUUGCCUUGUUGAAAUUCAAGGAAAGUUUUACCAUCAAUCGGUCUGCAUCUGAUGAUCCCUCUGCUUAUCCGAAAGUUUCAUUGUGGAAGCCUGAAAGCGGCGAUUGCUGCAAGUGGCAGGGUGUUCAAUGCAAUGAGGACACGGGUCAUGUCAUGAGUCUCAACCUUAGAAGCAGUUGUCUUUAUGGUUCUAUCAACUCUACUAGCAGUCUCUUUCAGCUUGUUCACCUCCAAAUCCUUAAUCUUGCCGACAACCACUUUAAUUUUUCUCAAAUUCCAACUGGUUUUAGACAGCUUUCAAAGCUGACAAACCUUGAUCUCUCUGACUCUGUAUUUUCUGGUAAAAUCCCUUCAGAAAUUUUAGAGCUCUCUAACUUAAUAUCCUUAAAUCUCUCAUGGAAUUAUUUGGAGCUCCAAAAGCCCGGCCUUAGAAAUAUAGCUCAAAAUUUAACAAACUUGAAAGAACUAGAUCUUAGAGAGGUUGACAUAUCAUCCACUGUACCCAAUAUUUUGGCAAACUUAUCUUCUUUAACAUCUCUACGUCUAAGAGAUUGUGGCUUACAUGGUGAGUUUCCCAUGGAAAUUUUCCACCUACCCAAUCUUCGGUUUCUUAAUGUGCUAGACAAUACAUAUCUCACCGGAAGUAUGCCAGAAUUUAACAGAAGCAGCCCCCUUGAAUCAUUGCUACUUGCUGACACAAGUUUCUCAGGUGAGAUACCUAAUUCAAUUGGUAACCUCAAGUCUUUAAAAUAUUUUACUAUUACCAAUUGCUUUUUCUCUGGACUAGUACCGUAUUCAAUUGGUAACCUUACCCAACUAAUCCUUUUAGAAUUAGCUGCCAAUGAGUUGCAUGGUUCAAUUCCACAAUCAAUAUCUAGGCUUGUAAAUCUUGAAGAUCUCAAUCUAUUUUCUAAUCACUUGAGUGGCACGGUGGAAUUUGACUUGUUUCUGAAACUCAAAAACCUCAAGGCGCUCCAACUAUCCUACAACAAUAUUUCAUUGCUUACAAAUCCAAGUACUAAUAUAACUCUUCCAAAAUUUGAAUUUUUAACUCUAGCUUUCUUAAAUUUAAGUGAGUUCCCCAAUUUUCUAAGGAACCAAGAUGAGUUGGGGUUUUUGGAUCUUUCUGGCAACAAAAUUCAAGGCCAAAUUCCAAAAUGGAUGUGGAAUUUAAGUAAAGAAACUCUUUGGGCUUUACAUCUGGGAUUCAACUUUCUAACUGGUUUUGAUCAACUUCCAGUUUUUCUCCCUUGGACUAAUCUACGCAUUCUUGAGCUUAGUUCUAACAAGCUUCAAGGGUCACUCCCAAUCCCACCACCUUCCAUUCUUAGUUAUUUGGUCUCAAACAACACACUUACAGGAGAAAUCCCACAGUUGAUUUGCAAUCUAAGUUCAAUUCUUAUUCUUGAUUUGUCAAGAAAUUACUUGAGUGGCUUGCUUCCGAAAUGUCUAAGCAACUUGGGUGAUUCUCUAUUAGUUCUGAAUCUAAAUGACAAUAAGUUUCAUGGAACCAUUCCUCAAAUUUUUACAAAAGGGAACAAAUUAAGGAUGAUUGAUUUUAGCCAAAAUCAACUACAUGGGCGCUUACCGAGAUCAUUGGCCAAUUGUACAGUGCUGGAAGUUCUUAAUCUGGGACACAAUCAGAUGAACGAUACUUUCCCUUUUUGGUUGGGCAUUCUUCCAGAGUUGAGGGUUCUCAUUUUGCGAUCUAAUGGAAUUUAUGGUGCAAUAAGAAGUCCUAAUAGCAGUUUUGAUUUCUCAAACAUACGCAUCUUUGACCUCUCUAAUAAUAACAUUACUGAUAAGCUGCCCUCUCAAUACUUUCAAAAUUGGAAAGCCAUGCGAAUCAUUGAUGCAAAGGAUUUGAAGUACAUGCAAGUAUAUGAAAGUUUCCUAUCACCAGGAAAUGAGUGGGCUGCCUACUUCCCUUACUCAAUGACAUUUACUUACAAAGGCGCAGAGAGAGUAUUCGAAAGAAUUCUAGAUGUAUUCACAGCUAUUGAUCUCUCGAGUAACAGAUUUGAAGGAGAAAUUCCAGAAGUUGUGAGAUAUCUUAAGGGACUUCAAUUGCUUAACCUGUCCAAUAACUUUCUCACAGGCCCUAUCCCAUCUUCCUUGGUGAACUUAACAGAGCUAGAAGUAUUGGACUUUGCUAAAAAUAAGUUGUCUGGUGUGAUCCCUCUACAACUCGUGCAACUCACUUUCCUCUCAUUCUUUAACGUCGCCCAUAAUCAUCUCACGGGACCUAUACCACAUGGGAAUCAAUUUGACACAUUUCCAAACAGUUCGUUCUGUAAUAAUCCUGAAUUAUGCGGAAGCCCUUUGUCAAAGAUAUGUGGAAAUUUAGAAGACUCGCCACCUCCACCUUCAACCUUUGAAGGGAAUCAAAAUUCCUCCUCAUUUGAAUUCGGUUGGAAAGUAGUUGUGAUGGGAUAUGGUUGUGGAUUCAUAAUUGGACUUGUUCUUGGGCGAAUUGUGUUCACAAAGAAGGAUAAAAUGGAUUGCGUUCUUAUCCAGGUUGAAGUUGAUUUUACAAGCGUCUCAGAGAUGAGAGAUGAGAGAACUGCACUAAUUGAAUGA